UACUUAAUAUCGUGAGAAAAUUACCAACACAACCAAAAUUGUCUUAUCACGCCACCAGUGUAUUUUACAUCGUGUAUGAAUAUGACCCUUUGUAAUGUUUAUCUUCAAUAGAAGGAUUGAAAAAGUUUGAAAGCAAACACCAUCCGUAGAUAUGGAGGUUCUCACGGCUUUGCCGGAAGAAAUUAAUCGACCACGUUGUCGUUUAUGUUUCCAUGCAGGUGAGAAUUACCAGCUAGUGGAAGUGUUUACCAAAUAUCAGGAUAUAUCGAAACGGGUUAUGAGUGCUUUGGGUGUGAAGAUCUAUCGCAGUGAAAAGCAGGCAAGGAUUUGCACAAUUUGCGAAUCACUCAUUGAUAUCAUUCAAAACUUCCAAGCAGUAUGUAAGAAAACAAAUCAGUUGCACCAGGAACGGAAAGAUUUCCUGUUAUAUGACACAUUUUGGGAUAAUCAUGAACAGGAAGCUGUUAAAUGCACGGAAAAAAUUAUUCUUACCCAUCGCUCUGAAGUGGAUAAAACCAUUAGCGGCACUUUAAUAAUUCCACCAUUCGCUAAAAACGUAAAUGAGCGAAAAGAUCUUGCAAUAGAAGAAAAAGUACGGCAACAUGUGCCGCUGGAUGAAAAACAAACGGACUUUGAAGAAGAAAGAGUUGAUCAUGAUCAACUUAUGCAUAAGCCGGAAAUAGUUCUAUGUGAACCAACUAUCAAUAAUGAUAUGCUUGAAAAUGAAUGUGUUCCCUCAAAAGAAUUUCAAUCGGUAUUUGAAAACCAAGCCGAUGUUAUUGAAGAAGAUACAUAUGAUUUAGAACUGAAAAGUGAAUCGUCAACUGAAUCUAAUGUCAGCAAUGAAUCCGAUCCAGAAUGGAAAAGUUGCAGAAAUAAAAUUAAUUCUAAAAAAGUUACAACAAAAAAGUCAGAUAACAAGUUUAAGGUACGUCAACGGCGUGGGAACAAAAUCAAUUACAAUGAACCAUCUGAUAACGACCUAGAUGCUAAAGUUCCAGGAAAGCGAGGGCCUCGACGGAAAAAGGUACGAAAAUCGGACCCUAGUGAGUGUGACAUUUGUGGCGAAACAGUCGCAUAUUAUUUAAAGGAGUCUCAUCGUAACCAACAUCUUGGAGUACGACCGUACAAAUGCGACUAUGAAGGCUGCGGACGCACUUAUUUCUCACAUAAUGAUAUUCGUACACACAUUAGGCGUCAUGAAGUAACGUAUCACGUUUGUGAGAUUUGCGGGAGGAAUAUUAAGGGUGUUGAGUGGUUCCGAAGGCACGUCAAAACUCAUACGGAGUGUCCUCAAUUCACAUGUGAAGUAUGUGGAAGUAAAUUUCGCAGAAAAGCUCAACUUCAAACACAUAUGGUUACACAUACAGGUCUAACACCUCAUGAGUGCAAAAUUUGUGGAAGACGAUUUGCGUUAAAGUACAAUAUGGAGUUACACGCUAAACGCCACGAUAGGAAAGAAGAUUUGAAUCAAAAGAAGAAAAAUUUCACAGGAAAGCGUACAUGGAAGAAUUAUGUUAAACCGGACAGCUCUGUGAAAAGAUAUCACGUGACUUGUGAAACGUGCGGAAAACUAGUUCAUAAACGUGAGAUUGAUGGCCAUGUAAACAGACACUUAGGGCGUCGACCCUAUUCUUGCGAUGAAACAGGUUGUACUCGCUCUUUCUAUGGAUUGCGAGGAAUCAAGGAACAUAAAAUGGUAGUUCACUCGGAUAAAAUUCUUCGUUAUGAAUGCAGUAUUUGUAACCGUUCUAUAAAAGGUGCCGGGACAUUUAAACGACAUGUAAUGUUGCAUAAUUCAGACAUGAAGGUGGAAUGUCAAUAUUGCGGGAAAAAGUUUACGUCGAAGAGUUAUCUUAGAGCACACGAACGAAAACAUUCUGGUGUACGUCCAUAUAUUUGUGAUAUAUGUGACAGAACUUUUGCUAUGAAACCAUGUUGGAAGAUGCAUAUGAAAAAAGUCCAUAACGAAGAUUGGCGUGAACAUACAGCACAAAAAUACAGCUCAUCUGAUAUGGUACAAGAAGUAGAAGCUUAUAAUGAAAUAUUGGUGCCAGAGCAAAGCGCUGUUUCUUCCACAUCGCUAUGUUCGUCUAUAUCUGAGUUAAAUCAAGAGCCACGAUUAAUAGAACCACAGUACGAUAUAUUACAUCCACUGAAAACCGAUCAUACAUAUUAAACUGUCGAAAUAAAGUUGUUCUGGUCAAUAUGUAUCAUUGAAUUUAUAAGUUGGAAAUUUGUAUUUUGUAUUCAAAUUGAACAAAAAUUCGCAAAUCGUUGCGUUACUCGUUCAAUUUGAGCGUUAUCUUACCAAAUUC